AUGUCCGUCGAUCUUGAAUGGCACAGAUUGGAUUCAUCCCUUGCAAAGGCACUAGUUGACAUCCUCAACCGCCAGCUAGUGAGCGUUAAGCGUCCCUCCGUCAUAGGCCCAGUCGAGAUCACAGGUUUUGACUUUGGCACCGUCUCUCCGGACGUGGAGCUGGUGGACUUGCGGGACAUUCAUCCUGACUUUCUCGAAGAUGAUUCAGACUUGGAGUCCGAGCAGGACAACGUCAAGGUCACCGAAGGCGCUGAGGGCGACGACGAUGGCUAUGAGUGGGUGUCUAGAAGAGCUUCCCGUCGCGAGCUGGCCGAGGACGCACUCGCCUACCAUCAUCUUCCCCCACACGUCCGUUAUGGACGCAGCCCAGCUACGGAUCUGUUUAUGUCCACGCCUACAUUGUACCCCGGGCCAUCACGGGACCACUGGGGAGUCGGGACUCUGCAUUCAAGUUUCAAUGGCUAUGGCUAUCGACCACCAGCACCACCUCGGAGGUCGCCGUCGCACUAUACAUCCGACGUCAGCCAAUCACCAAAUCCCCCUGUUUCACAGCAGUCGCAACCGGACCUCCAAGUCCACCUUCAUAUCAACUGGCAAUCGAAUCUCAGGCUGACUCUUACCACCUCGCUGCUCAUCAACUACCCAUCCCCAUCUUUCAUGUCCCUUCCUAUCAAGCUAUCUGUAACCGGUAUCGUGUUCAACAGCGAGGUCGCCGUGGCCUUUGAGGGUUCCAGAGGUCGAAUUCACCUAUGUAUAUUGGAUGAGUUGGACCCUUACGGGCCUGCAUGUCGACGAUCACGCAGUAGUCAGCCGAGCACACCUUCUGACGUAGACGACGAGAUCAGUGGCAGACGAGACGAAAAACCGUUGCCUGUUGGUCAACGCUUGCUGCCUUCCAUAUUCAUCGAAAGCGAAAUAGGUCAGACGGACAAGCAUGUUCUCAAGAAUGUCACGCGCGUGGAGAAAUUCAUACAAGAUGUUAUUAGGAAGACCGUCGAGGAAGAGCUUGUCUUUCCAAAUUUUCAUACGUUGGUUCUUGCGGACAGGACUCAAUAA